UAGUUCAUCACAACAAGAUCAGGACCAACAAAGUGAUGAUCUAAUUGCAUCAGAUAUCCAUCAUUGUACAAAUUCAAGGGUGUGGACCAAGGAAGAUAAAACCAUUUUAUUAAAGCAUUGCCUUAGAAAACGAAUAAACACCGAUGAACUUUACGAAUUGGGCCUAUUAAAAAAAUCUCAGGCAAUGUCUAAGCAGUGGAAAUCAAUGAAAAAUAAGAUCAAGAAAUCAUUUGAC